AUGGAUGCCGCCAGCUGGGGUCUCCCCCCCUCUUUCCAGCGCCACAUACAUAGUCCAAGACUGAAGGCAGAGCGAGAGCGAGAACGGAAUGCCGCUCUACCACCCACUUCCCCUCCUCCCAUCCACCAACACGCGGGUCCAUAUAAUGGACAAUACCAGCAGCCGCAGCCUUACUACCAGCAACACGGCGGGCAUCCACCACCCGGCUAUCCACCACCAGGGUAUCCACAGCAAUCCUUUCCACCACAGCAAGGCAUGAACUACCAACAACAGCAAAAUGGCCCACCACAGAAUUAUUAUACGAAUAAUGGUGGGAGGAACGGGGCCGCCGAGGGGGGUUUGUUCGCGGCUCUGGCGGCAAGUUUGGCCUGUUGUUGUUGCUUGGAUGUCUGUGUUUUCUAG